AUGUAUGAGAUUGAGUCUAUUAAGAAUGAAGUGGCAGAUUCGAACUACGUUGAAAUAGAACCUAGCCAAAGCGAUACCACGGAAAGGGAAAGGAGAUCUCUAGUAAUCAGUCGUUGGAUCAGAAGGCGACUGGCAACUUAUGCGAGAAAGUUCGUCUCAUCUCUUAGUGUUGAUGAUCCGGAAUCCUGGACUCGGAUACAUGAAGAGUUAGAGGAAGAGAUUCAGACAUCCUUCUGA